CUUGGUACGACCACCAUUCCCACCCCCCCUUCGCAUGAUACAACAACACUUCGUUCCGCCGUCUAGCAUUUCGACUACCCCGAAGUAUCUCUCUUUGUUGUGCGCGAAAGAACCAACUAUGCGGUCCAUAGUUGGAUUGGUCUUCGUCAUUGGUGCAGCUACGUUAUAUCUGUAUUUGUUGUCCACGUAUCUUCCCGUCGGGCCCCGACGUGUAACUUCUUCCGAUGUCCGAGGGGAGAGUGUGAAGACAACAGGAGACCCUGAGCUGUCAUCUGUCAGCGAAGAGGAGCACAGCAGGUUGAAGUUCCCUUCAGACUUGAAGGAACUGAGGGAGAUGGCUGAGCUUCUUCAGUACUACAAGAAGGAGCAUACGGGGUACCUUGUCCUUCUGUUUUCCAGUGCCUACCUGUACAAGCAGUCCUUUGCCAUCCCAGGAUCAUCGUUCCUGAACAUUCUCGCGGGGGCUAUAUUUGGACCGUAUCAGGGCCUGCUGCUGGCCUGUGUCCUGACCACUGCGGGCUCAACCGUGUGCUAUCUGCUCUCCCAAGCCUUCGGGAAGCAGCACAUCAUCGGCCUGUUCCCUGACAAGGUGUCCCUGCUCCAGAAGAAGGUGGAGGAGAACAAGGACUGCCUGUUCUUCUUCCUGCUCUUCCUGAGGUUCUUCCCCAUGACGCCCAACUGGUUUCUAAACAUGUGCGCCCCCAUCGUCAACAUCCCCGUGGUCUACUUCUUCUGCUCCGUCUUCAUCGGCCUCCUGCCGUACAACUUCAUCUGCGUGCAGACGGGCGCCAUGCUGUCCGAGGUGUCCUCCCUGGACGACCUCUUCUCCUGGCAGCGUCUGCUCCAACUGCUGGCGAUCGCCUGCAUGGCCCUGCUCCCCGGAGCCCUGAUCCGCCGAUACAGCCAGAGUCGGCUCAAAGCAGAGCCCGCUGGGCCCCAAGACCUCCCGGCCAAUAAGAAGGCCCAGUGAGGCCGGAAGGGGGCGGGGAUAAGAACUGUCGUUACCUCAUCAGAAUGAGGGAGUGUUAAUCGAGGUGAGUCUACGGCCUGGUGGAACACCGUGGUGGAGGGGCUUGGGCUUAUGGGAGGGUCUGGAACAUUUGGUUUUAGGAAGGGAUUUAAUUUUCUAUUUAGAAUUUUUGAAAGUCUGAUUAAAUCCCAGGGACUUUUAUCAUAUUCUGGUGAGGGAUGAAUGUGUCUGUAUGGAAUAUUCUCGGGUGAAUCAAAAAAUGUUUUUGUCUAUUUGAAGGUUUGAUUAGGUUCAUGUAUGAAUGUAAGGUUAAAUGUGAAUGCAAAAGAGGAAGCUGCUACAGCAAAGCUGUAAUAAACUGCCAAUUAUUUGUCAUGCCAAGCUGUAAAAUCCUACAGGCUAACAUUUCAAGUGCCUGUACAAAUUUAACAAAUGUUUAAAUCACUACCUCAGGUAUGUACAUCGAUGUAUUUAUGUAUUGUACAUAUUAUUGAUGAUGAUUAUGUUUAAGUUGGUUUUAAUUAGUUUGUGUAAAGGAUUUCAAGAGCUUUACAGUUUUGCAUAUCAGGUAACACUCUUGCAACUGUUAAUCCACAAAUAAAUUUCACAGAUUUUCUAAGUACUUCUGUUCAACUUGUUUGUUUUUGCAAUAAAUUAUUCAAACUGCCAA